AUGGUUUUUCUGAAUUUGAUAAAUUCUGUUGCUUUAACCCUUUGUGUUAUACUUUUAGCUGUUCAUAGUCAUCAAACUUGGGCUUUAGGUCGUGGUUUUUUGGGUAAUAGAAAGCUUAUACCUUCUGGAGAAGGUUUAUGCGCUUCUUCAAUCACUAUUCAUGGUUACAACUGUCAGGAACUUGAAGUUACAACUAAAGAUGGAUACAUUCUUAGCGUUCAAAGGAUUCUAGAUGGUCGAGUUAAGGUUGUUGGUAAUGUCAUUAAGGAACCUGUGAUUGUACAACAUGGAAUUCUGGUGGAUGGAGCAACAUGGUUUUUUAACAGUCUAGAACAAAAUCUGCCAAUGAUUCUUGCUGAUAAUGGCUUUGAUGUUUGGGUUGUUAAUACUAGAGGAACCAAAUAUAGUUGCAAACAUGCCAACUUUGACGCCUCUCGCGAGGAAUAUUGGUAUUGGUCUUGGGACGAUUUGGUUGCCUAUGAACUGCCGUCUGUUUUUGAUUUUAUCUCAAAGGAAACAGGACAGAAGAUACAUUAUGUCGGACAUUCUUUGGGGACUUUAACAGCUUUGGUAUCAUUGGCAGAAGGUAAAUGGGUAAAUCAGGUAAAAUCAGUAGCAUUGUUGAGUCCUAUUGCAUAUUUGAAGCGAAUGACAACACCAAUUGGAGCUGCUGCUGCAAGAUCCUUACUCGGCGAGAGUUUUUCUCUUUUGCGCAUUGCAGAAUUUGAUCCCAAAGGGGUUGCUACCACGGACUUUAUCCAUGAUAUUUGUGUUAAAUAUAAACUAAAUUGCAAUGACUUAUUCACUUUAGUAACAGGUGAUAAUUGUUGCUUAAAUAAAUCAGCUUAUGACCAAUUCUUCACGGGUGAACCACAAUCAUCAUCAUCAAGAACUCUUUUUCAUUUAGCUCAGAUUUUUCGAACAGAUGUAUUGUCGAAAUUUGACUUUAUGACAUCAAACUUAAACGUAGCGCGUUAUGGACAACCAACACCUCCUGCCUACGACCUUUCAAAUAUUCCUAACAACAUUCCAAUUUUUAUGAGCUACGGUGGCCCCGACGCACUUUCUGAUGUCGCCGAUGUUCAAAAGCUGUUAAAUGACCAUUUUCAGAGCCAUGACAAAGACAAGCUUACUGUUCAAUUUAUUAAGAACUAUGCUCAUUGUGACGACAUGUUUGGUACAAAUGCCAAUGAACUGGUGUACAAUAAUGUUACAGAUUUUUUCAAACGUAAAUUUUGA